CUGUCACGUGAACAAAAGAGACGAAAGAGAAAUCUCAACUUUUCAUUCCUGAGUCACCGUGGCGGAACACGGAAGUCAUUACGUUUGCACAGAUGGCACGUCCGAGGAAAGACGCUCGUCGUUUGCACCGUCGCAACUCGCGUAAAUCCUAAAUAAAUCACGACUACUUCGGUGUAACUUUGAAAAAUGGCGCGCUGGGAAGUAUCGCGAGUUUAGCUCGUCGGCGCGAAUCAGUUGUUGCUCGUUCCCCGGGAACAGUAACGUGCUAACUUAGGUAACUGUCAAGUCUAAACAAAUGAAACCACAAACCUAAGUGUUUACGUGGUGUCACAUUAAUUUCAUUUAAGGUGUAGUCUUGACAUCGGUUUUGAAGCUGCUUCGGAGACCUGUUUACAGUCGCCAGUCCGAAGUGUAUGGAUGCUAGUAACGUUAGCUCGCUAGUCAGCCGACGUUAGCUAUCAGUUGUUCGAAAACUGCCGGUGCUUAGCCAGAAAUAAAAUGUCCGCGGAGAAAAGGACAAGCUGGAUACUGACUGGCGCUACGGAUGGCUUGUGUCACCGCUCUGUAUGUACCCUGUGUGCAGCGGACUGUCCCCGGUGGAGACUCAGGAGAGCUGAUCACCACUGCUUGUGAGCUGGGGGUGGCUCAUCCUCCUGGAUACCCUCUCUUCACCCUAAUAGCUCGCCUGGCAAUGUGUCUCCUGCCAUCACUUUCUCCAGCCCACAGCGUCAACCUGGUGGCCAGCCUGCUUGGGGCUGCAGCUUGUGGUGCCCUUUGCAUUACUCUCUGCAGGUUGGCAGGUCCUGGCCCUGGAGCAGUACUGGCUGGAGGGCUGUUUGCUGUGUCCAGGCUGAGCUGGCAGUGGUCCAUGGUGGCAGAAGUCUUCACCCUGAACAACCUUUUUGUUAGUCUGCUCUUCUUCUUGAUCAUCAGCUUCCAAUGUGCUGAAAAUGCCACGCAAAGGAUGAAGAUUGCACAUUGGGGAGCGCUAUGCUGUGGCUUGGGGCUCUGUAACCAACACACCCUGGUUUUGUAUAUACUGGUCGUCAUUCCCUGGGUCUUUCACCGACUUUACUCUCAUAAGGAGCUGUCUUUACGUGUCCUUGUGUCUCUGGGAGUGUGUUUCAUCGCUGGAUUUCUGCCGUACAUCUACCUGCCCAUCUCGUCCUACCUCAACACAGCCCGCUGGAGCUGGGGGGAUCAGACCACUCUGUCUGGCCUGCUGACCCACCUGCUGAGGGCUGAAUACGGCACCUUCAGUCUGGCAAAGACGGAGAACUCUGUGAAUUUGACCACCAUGCUACAGGCUCAGAUGGACCACUGCCUUGCAGACCUUUCCCUUCCUGUUUUAGUAUUGGCGGGAAUAGGCCUGCUCCUCUCCGCAUGGGACAGGACGUGUCGCUCAAUGUCCUGGCUGUUGACUGUCAUGCUAGUGGUCUACUCACUGUUUUUUGCUUGGAGAGCCAACCUGGACAUCAGCAGACCCUUACUUCUCGGAGUGGUUGAGCGUUUCUGGCUCCAGAGCGAUGCUGCAGUGUGUGUGCUGGCAGGCCUCGGCUUGAGCCGGGCUCACGCUGAGCUGGAGAGGAGGCUAGGCUGUGGGGGGGUGUGGAAGACCACAGGCUGGGUCCUCACUACGGCUCUGCUGGCACAUAUGGUGCACACCAAUCACAGGGAGUGCGAUCAGAGCACUAACAGUGUGGUGGAGAGGUUCGGCAGGGAGCUUCUGGCCUCCAUCCCAAAAGACUCAAUCAUCCUGACCAGAGGAGAUCUACCUGGAAACUCCCUGCGCUACUUAUACUACUGCGAGGGUGUACGGCCUGAUGUACGCCUGGUUGACCAGGAGAUGAUGACAUACACUUGGUACGUGGCCAAGCUGGCACAGCACCACCCUGGGGUCCACUUCCCCGGCCGCUGGUGGGACCCGGUCCACCCUGAGGGGCAAGACACCUUCAGUCUGGAGCAGUUUCUGUCCCACAACACACAGAGGGAUGUUUUUGCCUGCAUUGGGCUGCCUGAAGGAGACCCGAGCUGGGAACGUAGCUUCUCUCGCUGGCCCCUGGGUGUGUGUGAUUACUUAGUGCCAAUUCAGAGGCAGUUUCACCCUGAAGAAUGGGCUCAUCACACUCGCAACAUCUACAACUGGAGCGAGCCACACAACAGUUUCCAUCCUGCGUCCUGGGAGCGUGUCGCUAAUGAGGAGAUGUGGCAAGCCAGGAUGAAGACGGCUUUCUUUCUGUUUGACCUGGCAGAAAGGAUGCAGGGAGAAGGGAAAGCUCGUCUCUUUGAGCUGUCUUACACUCUGUAUAAGGAGAUUGUGGAGGCCCACUCAGACUACCCUCCAAACUGGGACAAGAACUUGGCACUAGCCUGUGAGAGGCUGCUCCGCUCAGGUCACCGGGGCUACAGUCCAGACAGCCUGCUGACCUGCAGCACCCAGCACUUUAGUCUGUACUUAGAGAAGGAACCCACGGAUCCCCAGGCUCCCGCCAUACGUUCAGCCAUUACUCACCUGCUCAAAGAGAGAGACAGGUUCCGCCAGAGCCGGAGGCAAACCCCAUGACAAGAUCCAGGGGAGACCUACAUGGAGCUGGCACGCUGAGAGUGUGCUGUGAGCCCAGGCGAAGUGUGAGACAGUCAGGACGAACUCUGAGCCAAUGUGCCUCCCAUGGAUGUAAGGUGGUGCUCCAGAAGGACAAAGAAUGAUGUAGUGGUGUUUAGCUUAAUGUUUUGGCUUAAUGGACUUGGCUAAAUUGGACUUACAAGUUUGGAAUUGGACUUGGGAGCACUGAUGCAGAAGCACUGGUCUCUAGUUAUCUAGUUUGUGCGGCGUUCUAGUCAAAGAGCUCUGCACAAAGGAUGGAGUGAAAAGUACUGGGCCAUGCUUCAUUUAAUGAAUGUUUACAGUUGACCAGAGACAGAGCUUGACUUCAGGAGGCCUUGACUGACCCCAAUCAAGCUGCGUGCGUGUUCCCCUUAAACUCACCAUUCGAUUACUUUAUCGUUACAUCUCGUUCUAUUUUUUCCUCUCUCCUCUUCUGCUGAUUAUUUUGCCUCAGCCACUGCUCUACUUCUCUUUUUCUCACAUUAGGAUGGCAAGGCCGAGAUUGAGGGAAACCCAAUUUGGGGGCAGAAAUGGGGGAUUAGAGCAGCUGUUUAAUCUAGGACAGACUUGUGCUGUGCCACAGAGUCCUCACUACACACUACCAACACUACCCACCCACCCCUCUAUCCAUCCAUCAGUCCAUCUUAGAUGGUCCUUUACAUGUUUAAAACUAAUGGAUUCGAUGAGUGUUUUUUGCCCUCUCUUUUCUCUCCUAACCAGAGGGCUGUAAUCCCCCAUGGAUUUAAAUGAAAUGUGAAAUGUCACAAUGCCAGGGACCCUUUUAGAGGUGCGUUUGUGUGUGUGCUUACUUGCAUGCGUGUUGAUUUGUGUUCGCAUGUCUACGUGUGUGUGCGUGUGUAUGAACAUACUUAAAUCUCCACCCAAGCCCUUUUCCCUGCUGCAACCACAUAUAAACAUAGUCGAUAAACAGAUCGGCACACUGAAAAGCAGCAAAGUACUUUGAUCAUCAUAGAAGGACAAAGUCAUGCAAACUCCAGGGACACACAUAGACACACAAGCAUGUUAGCUCCCAGGAAAAUUGACUUGUAGCCCCGUGGUUGCUGGGAAGGCAGUGUGUCAUGCAAACACAGCAAAUGGACCAGAAUCACUUGAUGUGUUCUCAGGCUCAGACACCUGAGUAACACAGUUUUUGUGAAUUUUGGUGCUGAUGUUAAUAAGCCUCAUGGCAUGAAAUUUGUUAAGCAGAGGUCAAACCAGUGUAUUGCCAUAAGCUUUAUAAAACACUGCUGAAGAAGCCUGCCGUUUGAGAUACCACUAGAAAGUGCAUGUGUAGUUUUCUCAGAAUGUAAUCUGCCCUCUCUGUUUGCAGGCCUGGUUAGCGGCUGUCAGCUGGCUGGAUGAUGAGAUUCAACCUGCUGUAGCACAGAUGGUUUGGUUUCUCAUAAAACAGAGAAAACUGUCACUCUGCUUUCUACAGAUUAAAAUAUUCCAAUAAAGACUUUGUUUAUUUUAGUACA